UAUCAGAGAGUCCUGUCAGCCUCAGAACGCGCCGCACUACAGAUCUGUCUCCAUGGUUACGGUUUGCGCGGCAGCUAUGCUCACCAUGGUAACCGGCGACGCUUCCGUCUAGGUCCCGGCAUGGCUUUCUUCGGAAUCACAGGCCUCGGUUAUCAGGCUCCUCUCCGGGCCGCUCAGGUCCCUGCAGGUGAAAAUGCACAAAAUGGAACCAAACUUCCUCCUCUUGUUCCUUCUUCUCCAUAUAGUAGUCAUGGGAAGUAUCAUGAAAUAGUAAGACGCCACCAGCACCUAAGAACUCCUAAACAAACCCAGAAAAUGCCUCUAACCACAGCCCAACAGUAUGGCUGGUGGCUGCCGCAAGACAUCAAGGAGAAGCCUGAAAAUGUUUAUCCUUGGAUACAGAGCACCCGAUACCCCAUGAUUAACAGUCCUAUGACAAGAUUUGUGGAUGAAAUGGCAGUAACUAAUAAAGAAUUCCACUUGUUCUGAGCGCCUCCAUGAUGUAUGGUUAAGCAUAGUACCCAAUUUCUUCGGUCAUAUGCCUAGAGUGCCAACUGAUGUCAAUGGAUUUCACAUGUUGCUAAAUGUUUUUUAGUGUUCACUUAUUGAGUAGAUAUCAAAUAUAUUUCUUCUCUGGUGUACUUGUAAGGCGAUAUUCCUACAUUUGUGUCUGUGUAAUGUUUGUGACCCGUGGACAUAAAUGCACUGAUAAAAACGCAUGCAUUUAUGAGCAGCAGCUGGCACAUGGGUUUUCAACAGUCUUUCUUGCCAUAAAUAAUCUGAU